UACUGCGUGAAGCUCGAUCAAUGUGUUGCUAAAAAUCGGUUCCGUGCACUACAUUUGGUCGGUAUUGUAUGGAUGUAAUUGAAGAAAAAGCAACUUGCCAUAAGUUGGUGCUGCUGUGUGAAUAGUGCUCAUUAUUGUGCGGGUAGAUCUGGUAGCUCCACCAUUCACCAAAUAGAUAGCUGUUGCGCGGUGUUGUUUACCUUGGACUCAUCGUCGCUGUAGAGAAGAACAUCAUAACAACGCCACCAUCGCAAUCUGGUGGACUGCUUCUGCCUGAACCAGUGCUAUUUGCGUGCAAAUCCAUUUAGACAGCAUCCCAUCGAGAAGGGGAGACCAAUUUUUAUCAAGGUACGGUACAAUAAUUCGAUCCAAGCAAGCGGCCGCGUACAGCUGCGACUAAACAUAUGACGAGUGAGAAAGUGUGCGUACCAGGGCGCCACGCGUAGUGAAAUAUUGUGGAAUAACCAAAACAAAAGCAUCGGUGUCGAUAAACGGUGUGCGUAGUGCGUACCGUGGUAAAGACGUGAAAAAGUUAGUGCCAAUAGUGUGUGGUGUUCUUGUUUACUAGCUCACUAGCAAAGCACGAAGCAUAGCAGUGAACUAAGUUCGAUUGUACGCGGCAAAGUGUCAAAGCGCGGGCUGUCAAAUGCGUUCGCCGUAAUCAAGCAAGUCAUCUAAGUAGCAAGUGGUCUAGGGCGAAUUAAAGUGGAAAAUUUUCAUCUCGUGAUCAAUCGACGAGAACGCGAGCGUACCAAGAGCGAAGGAGAGAGAGGGAUAUCCCUGUCGCGUUGUUGUUAUUUCUGUUGCUUGAAAUAGAAAUUGUAUCGCGGCCAGCAUCUCGCCAGCAAAGAAAAGAAAAACGUGCUGCCUUUAUGUUCUGCUAGUGAUAUUCCCCCCUUUAUUCUUUUUUGCACUGCGCUAAGCGGCGCCUCGUAAUCGGUAAUUUGUGCGUGCAAGAGUGCUGAUGUUGUGUGGUGUCCGGUGCUGAAGAGUUCGCUUACAGGUGUUUUCCGGGUACUGUGCCACCCGUAUGAUUUGCCCAAGUGUCCUUGCCGCAGUGGUCACCGUUGCGGUAGGUCUUCGUCCCAUCAACCUGCCAGCACAUUUACGGCCGUAGAAAAGGGCAAGCUGUUAGUCCCCGGGCUGGUUCCACCCGCUGCAAGCUACAUUCCAGCUUUAGUUGUCCAGCGCGACCUGCAACAAAUCGACCUGAUAGUGUGUGUUUGUGUGUGGUGUGGUUGUGUGCGUCUGUAGUGUACCAAGGCGUAGAACGUAGGAUAGAAGGAGGCUGUAGAGGACUCGUACGGCGUUGCAUCUAUUUCGGCAUCGGCUAGAAAACCGUUUCACAGUUCCCGUAACCGUGGAAGCCGUACAGGACGGUGCGGACGGUGGGGGAGCAGCGGCUCUAACGAUGAGCUUGAAGAAGGCCAGCCGUACCAAGAGCCUGUCGUUGAGUGGCGAUGACUUUCCGCUGCGUCCAGCAACUGGGGCCGGAAAUGUCACGGGUAAACCGAAGGCCACCUUCAGCGCGGUGAAGCGGCCCGAGGAUACGCUCAAGAUAAUGAAGUACAUCGAUGAUAACGUGAUCGGGAAAGGUGUCGCAUUUCUGGGACCGUACGGGCGUCGUAAAGUGGUAUAUGCCGACUAUGCGUCGUCUGGCCGUUCGUUGCAGUUUUUAGAAGAUUAUAUAAAUAAGGAAGUUUUGCCGGCGUUUGGUGAUAUCAGCUGCAUAUCGGCCGUUACAGGAUUGCAAUCACAUUUAUAUGACAAUGAAGCCCGGGACCUGGUGCGUGCAGCGGUCGGUGCCAAUGGAGAAGAUGAGAUCGUUUUCUGUGAUAAUCCCGCUGAACGUUUGUGCUAUCUGCUGUCGAAUCCUAACGUUUGUGACCUCACUCCAUCACAGUUUCACAACAGUUCUCACAGUGCCAUUAGCAAUCUUUCCCUCGGCGCGUUGCACCAACAGUCACUACAGCUCGGAACUUCGCUCCGGCACAACAGUUUCUCCAAUACUUCCAACCUGUCGGACAGCGUGGUAGAUGUCAGUAGCCAGCACCAGCAGAGCCUGUCGGUAGCGCCACCGAUCCUGUUCGUGAGCACCUCCGAACCGGUAGCCAACCUACGCUCGUGGAUCGAUGCCGGUUGGCAGAUCGAGCGUAUAGUGAAAAACCAUGAAGGAUUCCUGGAUUUGGUUGAUUUGGAGAAACGGUUGCAGCACUACUCCGAGUCACGGCGAAAGAUGGUCGGUCUGUUCUCCGGUGCGUCCCGGCUGACGGGCAUUCUGGCGGACGAUGUGGCAACCACGAUUCUACUGCACCAGUACGACGCCCUUUCCAUAUGGGACCACUCGAUGGCGGCAUCAUGUGCACCGAUCUGCACCAACCCGAUCCUGCCCGGUGCACAGAAGGAUGCCAUAUAUUUCCACUGCAAUCGACUGGUCGGUGGAGUGCAGGCCCCCGGGGUGCUAGUCAUUAAGCGUAGACUAAUCGAACACAGUACCUCUUUUCUGACGGAUUCCGUCGGUGUGGUCGGUGCGGUACGAGCGGGACUCGUGCUGCAGCUGAAGGAAUCGCUCGGCUCGCAGGCGAUCAUGGGUCGCAUGGAGAAAACGUGCAAGCAAAUGUUGGCCCACGUGCGUACCAUUCCGGAGAUUGCGCUGCUCGGUCCGCCGUGCACAACGGCCAAACGGCUCACGACGCUCUGCUUCAUGGUGCGCCAUCCAAGGGGUGCCUUCCUGCACCAUCGGUUCGUGGUAGCUGUGUUGAACGAUGUGUUCGGUAUUCAGGCCACGGCCGAUAAUAUGGUUAGCGAUUCGCUCGGUAUCAAUCCCCAGCUGAUGGUAGAGUAUGAAAAGCUCCUGAACGACGAAUCCUUGAGGGCGGGCUGUCUGCAUCCCGGGUACACCCGCAUCACGUUUCCAUUCUUUAUGCCCGAAUCGGAAGUAGCCUUCAUCUUGGAAGCGCUUAAAAUGGUCGCAACCGAGGCGUGGAAGCUGCUGCCCCAGUACGAAGUGGACGAACAGUCCGGUGAGUGGCGACACCAUUCAAACUCGCUGGCAAAGGAACGCAAAUGGCUCGGUGCCAUCCGGUACAUCGAUGGGAAAAUGUUGUUCUCUGACCGGCGCAUUUCGGGCCCCGGUUCAUUCCCCCAGAACUACUCCGACUGUUUGCAGACGGCGCGGAAUCUCUUCAACCGGGCACGUAAAAUGGCCCAACGGUCCACCACGGAGCAAAUCGUACUGAAGCACCCGAACGCGGCAAUGGAGAAGCUGCGAUGGUAUAUGUUGUCGGGUGAGGCGCACGAAUUGCUGCUAGGCCAUUCGCAUAACGUAAAAAACACCGUACCUUUCGAUCCUACUAGAAUACCUGAGAAUUCGUCGCUGAUGUUGAUUCAUCGACACCACAGCCUGUCGGCGUUGGACAUUAAACGGUUCAAGAGCCGCAGUCUGCCAGCAUCUCCGCUGCAGAUAGCGAACCGUCGUCAGAACUCAUCCUCCCCGUGUCAGUCACACAGUCCAACGCCGACGUCAUCACCGCCCAUGGUGCGGUUUUCGGUCGGAGGUGAAGUCACGACCUUGCUCAACCCUUCCCCGAUGGCAACGGGCCAUAGCAGCCAUAGUACCUCCGCCGGGAUCGUCCCAGCUUCUUCCGGACCCAUCGGGCGUGACAUGAAUGUCAGCCGUAACAGAUGUCACAGCUGGGGAGCGGCCAGCUAUCGCGCACAUACUGGUGGCCUUACUGCACGGGACGUGACCGUAAACGCAGCAACGCAGCGUAAUACUACGCCCGACGGACACCAUGACACCAAACAGCCGGCCACUUCGAUUGCCCCGACCGGCAAUGCGAGUCUGCACGCACUGGGGCCACAGACACGUGCGAGCCUUGGGUUGGUGGAACCACAACAGCAUCUACCGUACAGCGUACAGCGAUCGUAUCAAACGCAACAAUCGAUGCCGGCACCGUCACAGCAGCAACGGCCGCCACCGCUGCGACGCCCACUGUCGGUGGUGUCUACUGCACCGAUUCCGCUACCCGGGACGACUGGCCGGCUACCGAAGCAGAGAUCCUGCUCAUGCAGCAGUCAGACGGACGUUAGUCUGCAGCACCAGGAUAGCGCACCACUGCCGGGCACGGCGUCACCGACACCGAGCCUUCCUAAUCUACGUUCGCUAAUGGGAAGCAGCUGCAGUGAGAGUACGGAAGAUAUCCAGGCGUACGUGAAGGAGAUGACGAAGGAGCUGGCCACCGAGAUUAAGUCCGAGAUCCGGGAGGUGAUCAGCAAGGUGGAGGACGUCCUGGAGAGUACGGACAGCAUUGAGAUGAGCAGCUUGCUUAACUUUAAUUCGCUCGGACAGUUAAGCCAUGGACCGGUGGAAAACAAGCGCGAUUCCAUCUCUACCAGUGAUGUGGUCGACUACUUGCGCGAGUUCAGCAAAGAGAUGACGAACGAGGUGAAGUCCGAGAUACGGGAUGUCGUGAACGCGGUGGACGAAAUCAUUUCGCCGGAAGGAUUUCUUGGCUCGCGCAAAAACUCACCCCCGGACAUAGUGCGCAAUGGGGCGGCUAGUGGAACGGUCGCCACCAAUCACGCACACCCAGCAGCUGGAGGACACAAACUCUUGAUCAAACAACGGUACAGCGAUAUAACGCCGGAUGCCAAGAUCCAUCGGCCACGGUCGGCCGACAACGACAAUAGCAAGCAUCGUUCGGAAUCGUUCCCGAGACCGAGUUCGGCCGCCAGUCCGGAACAUAUGGGCCUAAUGGGGCCACCGCACCAUUACGCCGUUGGUGCGAUUGGGAAGAGUUUCGAUCCACGGUCCACCAUGUCCUCGCAGGAUUCGGGUAUCAAUAUGAACUUUUGUGAGUCAGCCGAGGAAAGUAACCGUGCGCGCGUGGGACGAAUGGCCGGCAACGAUAGAAUACGCACAGUCUCCGCCGAUGUGGACAGUUCCAGCAAGCACACCAUUCCACCGCGACGACUCAUAUCGGAACCGUCGGGUGGAUCGAUCCUAGAAACAUCUCCCAGUGCGGAUGGUGGUGCUGGCCAUACAGACAACGGUACCACCGGUGGCAAGAACCCGCUCACACGUCAGCAACACGUCCUCAACCGCACACCGUCGGGCGAUGCGGGACCAAUCGUUCAGGCACCAUGCGUCUCCACCAUCCAGUGGCACCAGAUGCCGAAGGAAGUUUGGAAGCAGGCAGCCGAGUUGUUCGUGAAGUUGGCCGAAAUGUUUGAAAUAUAAGCUGAGUAUGUGUGCCGGUGGAUGGCUUGUGGCAGUGGAAGAGAUUUGCGGUGGAAGAGCUAUUAAAUCUACACUUCACGGAUUGUUUGUCCCACCACUUCACGAACGAAAAUCAUAUUGACGGUGCUGAAACAAGCUACAGCCCUUUCCGCCAUUGGCAUGCCAAGAGCAUCGGCCACAACAUGAAACCAGUCAAAACAAACAAUUAGAAAAGGGUGUAACUUUCGAUGCAAAAACAAAAACAAAACAGAUGUAAUACUAUCCAAAUUGAAACUAUUUUCUACCUGAAGUGCUGGUGUACAUCUUUUGUGUUUGCAUCAUUGCUGUAUUUACUAUUUACUAUAAGUCUUCGCGCGCUAUAUAGGAGCGAACAUUUCCUUGCUUGCAAUUGUAAACUAAAGUAUGUGUAUAUUUAUCUGUCCCCAAUGUGUGUAUUGUGGAAACAGUUUCCAGCUGUGAAAGAGUUUAAAGCUUUUGAUAACGUAUCGGGUAGCAUAACACAUGUUCAGUCAUUUCGAAGCAAAUGCAACAGAGACAGGGAGAAGAUUUAUGUAGAUUGUUCGUCGGGAAAUGUAAUCUUCAUUAUUCUUACAGUGCGCCAUCGUUAAGAGCAAGCAAAAUCACGAAAACUGGUUUGUGAUAUAGGGCAGGAAGCGAAUAAUGCUAGAGAUAGAGACAAAAAAUAUACAUAUAUUUCACAACAAGUUAAUCAAAAAAUAACUUUUUUCUUAAGUAGCAUUUUUAAUGUUAAAUUUUCAAACCGAAAUCAAAUAGCUUUGUACAUUAUAACACAUGCCAGGAACGCCGUAGCAUUUGAUUGACAGCAGUGAACAGUUUUAAGAUAUGAGCGGUGUAGAAUAGAGUUUUUUGUUUUUGGCAACAGUACCGUAGACUUCUCCUAAUGGGUUGGAACUUAUUUUCUUUUUAACUAAUGGUCGCUCCUUACUCUCGGAGCUGUAAUUUCAUAAAAGGGACAGCUUAAAAUGAAAACUUAUUAGUAUUUCGCUUUAUUUAGCUCCACAGGCUUUGGUCUGCUUUGCCCCUAGGGGUCAUGCUAUGUGUGACGGAAAUUAUCUUUGUCAUUUUGUCGAAUAUUUCAACAGACUAAGUAAAUUAUUUAGCAAGGAAAAGGAAAAUUAUAUCUUCGAAAAAUAACCGUAUUCGUCGGGAGGUUUAAAAUUCUCCACUUUAGUUUAUACAGUGACACACAGAUGACGCUACUGUACGUGCGUGUCAGGUGUUCUUGUC